GACUUUUCUCAGUUCGGUUUUCGCCAUUUCACCACUCAAAACUGAUAUGUUAAAACCGGGGCAGCAGCUCAGAGACUGGGAGCAGUUGAUCUCUGUGGGUGGUAUCUUCGCUCUUGGAUUCUUUACACCUAAAGAAUCAUCUACUUCCGAACUCGGGUCAGCUGGUCCUAGAUAUCUUGGUAUCUGGCCUCAAAGGAUUCCAAUAAAUCCAGUUUGGGUGGGUAACCCAAUCGAAUCGAUUUCUGAUUCAUCUGGUGCUCUAUCCAUUGACACCAAUGGGGUUCUAAAGAUAACACAGGAAAAUGCUUUUCCAAUCUUGGUGAACCAAAGACCAGCCGGGCAGCUUUCAUUGGCCGGGAAUGUGUCUGCCACUUUACUCGAUUCCGGGAACUUUGUGGUCAGAGAGAUCAGGCCAGGAGGAGUUCCGGGUCGUGUUCUAUGGCAAAGCUUUGACCAUCCCACAAACACAUUACUUCCCGGGAUGAAGAUUGGGUUUAACCUUAGAACCAAGAAAGAAGUAUCAGUUACUUCAUGGAUAAGUGACCAAGUCCCAGUCCCAGGAGCAUUCAGACUAGGACUAGACCCAUCAGGAGCAAACCAGUUACUCGUCUGGCGCCGCGGUGAAAUCUACUGGUCCAGUGGAAUCUUGACGAACAAUGGAAGCUCUCAUUUGACCUUAGAGCUAUCCAGACACUACAUUGAUUAUGAAUUCAAGUUCGAUUCAAAUAAGUACAUGAAGUACUUCAGCUACUCAAUCAAGGAAGCUAACAGUUCGGUCUUGUCCAGCUGGUUCUUGGAUACUCUAGGCCAAAUCACUGUAACCAAUGUGCUCAGCAGCAACGAAAGCAGCAACUGGAUUUCCGAAAGCAGUGAACCCUGCAAGACGGAUUUAAAGAACAGUUCAGCAAUCUGCAUCAAGGAGAAGCCAACGGCUUGUAGGAAAGGGUCAGAGUAUUUCGAACCGAGAAGAGGAUACAUGAUGGAUAAUAAUAACGGUUAUUAUCCGUUUUACUAUGAUGAUAGUUUAAGCGCUGGUCUUAGCGACUGUCAUGGAAACUGCUGGAGAAACUGUUCUUGCAUAGCUUUCCAAGCCUUUCCUGAUGGAUGCCAAUAUUGGGAAAAAGGAUCAAAGUUUGUCCAUUAUGAUAGCUUCAACUCCAAUUUAAUAACUUAUGUUCUUGAUUCUGUAAAGUGAUGUGUGGUUGCAACUUGUAAGAGUGAUUAU